UAAUGGACGGUCUCCACCUUAAUCUCCUCGUCAAUCCUCCCACAUCCACAUACCACAUACCUUCUGUCGAGUGCUGUCUCUCAGCAUCAUCAAUAUUUCCAAAGAGUUUCUUCAACCCUCGUCCAUGGCACCUCCGCACUUCCUCCUCGUCACCUUCCCCGGUCAAGGCCACAUAAACCCUUCCCUCCAAUUCGCCAAGCGUCUCGUGCGUGUCGGCGCUCGCGUGACCUUCGCCACCGCCAUUCGUGCCCGCCACCGCAUGGCCGAGUCGAAAUCUCCGCCCGAGGGGCUAUCCUUCGCCAGCUUCUCUGAUGGCUACGACGACGGUGUCAACGAAGGGGACGAUGUGGAGGUAUACAUGGACGAGCUCAAGCGACGAGGAUCGGAGACUUUAAGCGACCUCAUCGCCUCAAACCAUGAGAACGGUCGGCAAUUCUUGGGUGUGUUCUACACCACCCUCCUUCCGUGGGUUGCCGAUGUAGCUCGUUCUCAUGGCAUUCCUUCGACGCUCGUUUGGAUUCAACCGGCCACUGUUUUGGACUUCUACUAUUAUUACUUCCAUGGCUACGGCGAUCUUGUUCGUAACAUGGGCGACAAUCCUUCGGUGCCAAUCCAAUUGCCUGGGUUGCCGCCUCUCAUGGCCUGCGACAUACCCUCCUUUUGCAAUGCUAAAAAUGAGUACAACUUCAGCCUCCCGAUUUUCCAACGCCAUUUCGAGAUACUACUUGAGGAGGCCAAUCCAAGGGUGCUGGCAAACACCUUCGAUGCUCUGGAACCGGACGCCAUACGGGCUAUCGAUAAGUUUGAGGUGAUUGGGAUUGGACCGCUGAUCCCGUCUGCAUUUUUGGACGGGCAAGAUCCAGCGGACACUUCCUUCGGAGGCGAUCUCUUCAAGAGCUCGAGUGGCUACAUCGAGUGGCUGGACACGAAGCCAAAGGCGUCGGUGAUCUACCUGUCAUUUGGGAGCAUCUCCGUGCUAUCGAAGCCACAGAAGGAGGAAAUGGCACAGGCGCUCCUAGAGGCUGGCCGGCCAUUCUUGUGGGUCAUCCGGGAAAGCGGAAAAGAAGAGAGAGAGGAGGAUAUAUUGAGCUUCAAAGACGAACUAGAAAACCUAGGGAUGAUAGUGCCAUGGUGCUCGCAAGUGGAGGUUCUAUCGCACCCUUCGAUAGGGUGCUUUGUGACACACUGCGGGUGGAACUCAACGUCGGAGAGCUUGGUCUGCGGGGUGCCAGUGGUGGCGUUCCCGCAGUGGAGCGAUCAGCAGACGAACGCGAAGCUCGUCACAGACGUGUGGAGGACCGGAGUGAAGGUGACGCCCAACGAGCAAGGCGUGGUGGAGAGCGGCGAGAUAAGGAGGUGCUUGGAGUUGGUGGUGGGAGAUGGAAAGGAGGGGGAAGAGAUGAGAAGGAAUGCCCAGAAAUUUAGGGAUUUGGCAAGGGAGGCUGUGAAGGAAGGUGGGUCUUCGGACAAGAACCUUAGGGCCUUUGUGGACGAGGUCAUAGAAGCGUCCAAGUGAAUAAUCUAUGGUGUCAGCAGCAAACGUAGUGCUUUCUUGGCGUUUUCUCGAGGGACUUUUAGGGAAUGCACUGGCUUUUAUGUAUACUUCAUUUGGGCACGGAGUCGUAGCUUUGUUGUUUUGGACAAUUUUUGUCCUAUCUAGGUGUCAUUUUCUCUGUUUUAUCCUUUCCCAUUCUGCAUGGUGGACUGGAGAGAUGUUGAGAAAUCUCUACAUGUUUAAAAGUGUCGCCCCAUAUUCCUUCUAUUUCAGCCCAUCAUAUCUUCUGUUGCUAAGUCUUGAAUCUUGAUGGUGGGAUCUGCCACCGAUGGUAAAAACAUUUCUCAGGUA